AUGAAGGAUCUGGAGUGCAGCAACUGUCACAAGCGAGGUCAUGAGGAAAAGAACUGUCGAGUUCGUCUGUUCGACAGCAAGUACGGUAGUGUGGGCUUAGAGAUAUACGAAAGAGGCAAUCAGCUGAUUAUCAGUACGCCGACGUUGAACUCUAGGAAGGCCCUCUACGAUGCGUGCUUAGAGGCGGCAACGAAGAUCAACCAGUUAGAAGAGAAAAAGCGCACAGUUGAGAAAGAGCGCCGGGAUAAGAAGAAGUCGAGUGCUCGACCCGACGCGCUGAUGGAAGACGGAGAGUUGGAAGAAACUACCCAGGUCGCCAAGUUUGCAGACACAUACGGGUGCAACUACGUCUAUCGUGAGUAUGGACCUCGCACGUCAGUUAGGCCUAGAAGAGGCUGGUGCUUGUGCCAUUAG